UUUCUCUUUUCUUAACACUCUCUAAGCUUCCCCAUUUCAAUCUCAUCGCUGGUUUUAACAAACCUACUGCAAUAUAAAUUGAGUGAAAAACCAAACAUGAGAUCAGAAAUUUUGUCUUUUCUCGUACACGCUUUCAGAAAUUUUGUCCUUUUUCUAGUACGCGUUUAGGAAUUGGGGGGCCUCGGUUCUCCAUUCAAAAAGAUUCAAAAACGCAGAAGGCCAAAAGGGCAAAAGAGUAAAACAACAAAUAAAACAUUCGAAUAGUCCUACUAGGAAUAGGAAAUAAUUCGAGUAAUCCUACUUGGAGUGGGAAAACCAAAUAAAUAAGGUUUCCUCCCUCGGUCUGUCCGUCUAUAAAAGCACAUCUCACCCGCACAUCAUUUACUCAAAAUCAAAUACCCUAAACUCCUCUGAAGAUGUCUUGGUGUAUGCAACUGGUGAAGCGUGCUAAUUACAAGGCUACAGUGAGAGAUCCUGGGACUCUUGGGGUUUUAACUAUGACGGAGAACAAGUUUGUGUUCUGCCCAAAUGUUCACGCGUCCACCGCCGCGAAACCGGCGCUCGAUUUGGAGUUUAAACAAAUUACACGUCUCAAAAACACUAAGGAGGGAGGAGAUAGACCACCUUGGCUUCGUCUCAGUGAGAAGGACAAAACUUACAUCUUUGAGUUUGCAAGUUUUCGUGAUCUUCAUGUAUGCCGAGAGUUUGCAGCCAAUGCGCUCGCUAAGCGUGGAGAAGCUGCAAUACCUACUUGUUCUUCUGAUGAACAAAUCUGUGCAGCAGAAAUAAUGCACCGUAUGAAGCUAUUACAAGAAAGCAGUGAAUUGCACAAACUUCAUAUGCAGUAUGUAAUGAGUGGUGUCUUAACAGAAGCUGAGUUCUGGGCAGCUAGGAACAAGUUUGGUGAUGUAGAUAGCCGUCCAAAGCCAAAGCAACAGGUUGGUUUCAGAAACUCAAUGAUAAUGGACACCAAACCCGUGAUGGAUGGCCGAACGAACAAGGUUACUUUUAGUUUGACUGCAGAGAUUAAGUAUCAGAUUUUUGCCCUGAAACCAGCUGUUCAGCAGGCAUUUCUUGCUCUGGUUCCUGGUAAGACUACGGAAAAAAACUUCUGGACAAAGUAUUUCCGAGCUGAAUACCUCCGAAGCACAGGUACUGCUGCUGCAGCUGAAGCAGAAGCCGCCGAUGAUGAGGAACUGGCAAUGUUUUUGAAGGAGGAUGAGGUAUUGGCGAGGGAAGCUCGUCGAAAGCUUCGACGGGUUGAUCCAACUUUGGACAUGGAAGCUGACCAAGGAGAUGAUUAUACGCACCUUCCAGAUCAUGGGAUAUUCUUUCGGGAUGAGGUGUACAGCAGGAGAAGGACUUUAUCACAAGACCUUAACCGGCAAGGUGCUGUUGUUCUUCAAGGAAGAGGCAUCAUCGAAGUUGAUGAGAGUGGUGUGCAGGAGAGAUUUGGUAGGAUUGCUCGGACCACUGAGAUGGAGGAUCUUCAAGAACCUCACCAUCUUCAUGUUGCUCCACUAUUAUGCAUGAAGGAUCCCGGAGACUACUUUGACACGCCACAAGCUAAUAAUGCAGUUAAAGCUGAGGAAGCAUACGGCUCCUUGAGGCAGUCUAUAUCUAAAAUCAAGAGCAUUGGAUUGGGAAAUGCCACAGUUGCACCAGAAAUUGCUCUUACGAUUUUUAAUACAACACCAUUUUAGUGUUAA